AUGGUGCUAGCCGGCGGCACUGUCGCGGUAGCGGCGGCGGAGGGAGAUGUGGUGACACUGCUGGAGUCCGAGGUGCCGAAGACAGUGCUACGCUGCAACGAGUGCCAUCACCCCCUGAAGCCUCCUCUGUAUCUGUGCUCCCGUAUGCGACACGUAGCAUGCAAUGCAGCGACUGUGUCGGUGUCGGUGGCGGCGGCGGCGACGACGAUGACGACAGCAGCGGGGACGACAACGAUGACGACGGCAGCGGCGACGACAACGACGGCAACGAGGGCGGCGGCGUUAGUGGGCCGGGCGGCGACUACAAGUGCUCUUCUUGUACAGAUUUGGCCGCGUCCGUGGUCUACGUCAAGAGCCCCUACCUGGAUACCCUAUUGAGCAACGCCAAGGUCUCGUGCCCGUACAAAAAGUACGGCUGCGGGGGCACCUUGGCCUUCCGCAACGCCGCGGCUCACGCAGCCGCGUGCGGGUUUGCGCCCUGUUUGUGCCCGGAGUGCUCUUUCGAGGGCUUGCCGGCGGACCUCGUGCGCCACCUCACGGAGAAGUCCGGCCGGCACGGCUGGGCCGUCCACAAGAUCACGUACGGUAAGAACCACCCGUAUGUGUUCGACGAGCUGAAUUCGGAGAAGGAUAGUUGCCAGAAACUCUUGGUAGCGGAUGAGGAUGAUUGACAAAGACGACUUCCACUUCGUCACACUUGUGUGUGUCAGGAAUAAAGCUGGCGCCGGGCCGGUGUACAGUUCCUCGGUCGCAGUGGAGGGCCCUCCGGCUAAAGGGAUCAUGGUGAAGGUGGAAACGAAGGUGGUACCCAGCUGCCCGGCCCCCGCUGAAUGGAAAUACAAGUACCAUGAGGAUCUCAUUGUGUAUCCGCAGAUGCUCCAUGGUGAGCAGAUCAAGAAACUCCAUAUUUGCGUCUGCAUCGGCAAGACCGAGAGCAUCAGCGAGUGACCUUAGAAGGCCAUCAGAAAUGCAGUUAUCUUCGCGUGAAGCCAAGAGAGGCAACCUAGUUUCGUAGUAGUGCUAGUACUAAUUAAGCUAGGGUUCGCUUCGAUUUAGAGAAAUGUGUCUUUUGUAGUCUUGGUGAAGACUCGAAUUACCUUUCGUUCACCUCCUCGAGGCUAUGUGUGGAGGGUGGUCAGGUGUCUAACCUGUGUUCAGGACUUGAUUGUGAACUGUGUAAGGAAAUUUGUGUUGGGUUGAAUGCUACUAAGAACGAUGCUUAUUUCCAACA